UCAGAAAUAAUAUUUAUAUUUAUCUGAUCGUACUUACCCACUUUAGGUUGCAGAUUCUGGAGAAAAGAUCCAAAACAGAAGUAAAAAUAUUUUCCUUUAAGACAGAGGAAAGAGUAAGUAGAGAGGGAAUCAUUUACCUUUCAUCAUCAUACUCAGACAGCAGUGAUUGUGUUUCACUUCCAUGGUGGUGUGUGUGUGCGCGCGCGCGCCGUUGAGUAAACCCACGCCUGCCCAAUGCCCAUCUCUUCGCUUCCCGUGACGCUUUAAAAUCUGUUUAUCAAAAGAGAUAUCGAUAUUAUUAUGCCUUUGCUUUGGCGUUGGCCUCAGUCCUAACCAGAUCUAGACCACUGAGUUUCAUAAAGUAGAAGCUGUUUCUGUUUCUGGUGCUGCUGUUGUUUGCAGACGUUGUGUUCGACAAAAUGCCAAGGGGGGAAUCGUUUCUGAGGCAGAUAAGUAGAGGGGAGGGCUCGAGAUCAACAUCGAAGAGGUGGGGUGGGGAGUUUAGGAGAAGCCCUGCUUCUGAAGAGCGUGUCAGUGAGGGAAGCCAUUGGAAUGAGAAGAUGGAAGGGGGUGUUAAUAUGUAUGGGAUGGACCAUGGCGGAGUGUCGAGAAGGAAGAGGGUGAUGGUGGUGGUGGAUCAUACUUCACAAUCCAAUCAUGCAACUAUGUGGGCGCUCACUCAUGUGGCUAACAAGGGCGAUGUUCUUACUCUCCUGCAUGUUAUCACCAAUUCCUCCACCGAUUCUUCUUCUUCUUCUUCUUCCCCUUUCUGUGCUACCUCUCUUGGCUCCCUUUGCAAGGCUUCCAGACCAGAGGUAGAGGUGGAGGUGCUGGUGAUCGAGGGGCCGAAGCUGGGCACAGUGAUGAACCAAGUUAAGAAGCUGGAAGUGUCGGUGCUGGUUUUAGGACAGAGAAGGCCUUCGUUUCUCAGCUGCUUUUGUGGGAGUGGUGGGGCGGGAGAUCUGGUGGAACAGUGCAUAAACAAUGCAGAGUGCUUGACGAUUGGGGUGAGGAAGCAGAGCAGAGACAUGGGAGGGUAUGUAAUCAACACCAGAUGGCAGAGGAAUUUCUGGCUUCUGGCUUAGUUAUUGCUUGAAGGUAGAGAAGAGAGUUCUUAUGAAUGAAUGACCCUUGGAAGUAAGUUGUAGUGUAAUCUAAACAAUAAUAACCCUACAGACUACUGAGAUCUGUACAACAACUAACAAGUUUAUCGUCGUCCUAUGAGUUAACAACUUGUAAUUGCUAACAAUCUAUGAGAAUUCAGAACAACGAUCUCUUU